CGCUAUCGAGAGAACAAUUGCCGGAACUUCACAACGAGAAUGGAAAUGUGGAGAUCACCAGAAUCUCAAUGAAUGGCAAUUAUUUAAGCAAUGAUACGACCAGUGCUUCAAAUUCUCGAUUUAGUCGAUUAAACGAUGAAAAGCAUUCAAAUAGUGAACCAAAUGAGAAUGCCAAACACGACAUGACAUGCAAGCAAAAUGUGUGCGAAAGUGAAUCUCUGUGUCCACCUCCACCCCCUCCGCGGACCACUUCAUGCAAAUCUAGUGAUUCUCAUUCCGACCAAAACUUAUUCGACAAUUCAGUUGUUUGUGAUAUGAAAGUGAAGAAACAGAUGGAAACGAUCGAAGAGAGAAAGCAUUGCAAUUCAGAAUCGGCUGAAGUGAAAGCUCCGAUCAAAAGUCGUCCCAAAUCUGAUGUUUUCAUUCCAAACAAUUCAAUUGGAUUUCCGGUUCCCAUCUCUAAGUCUACUCGAUAUUCAACUAUAGAUUUUACGACAAACAGUUUAUCGUUUGGUAAAAUGGAAUCAUAUGUCAAAUUAGAGCAAUUAGGAGAAGGCUCUUAUGCCACCGUUUAUAAGGGUUACAGCAAUCUGACCAAUAAAGUGAUUGCAUUGAAAGAGAUUCGACUUCAAGUGGAAGAGGGGACGCCUUUCACUGCCAUCAGAGAGGCUUCACUAUUACGAGGCCUUAAACACGCAAACAUCGUAACCCUUCACGACAUCAUUCAUACUAAAGAUUCGCUCACUUUUGUCUUUGAAUACGUGGACACAGAUUUGAGUCAAUACUUGGAGCGACAUUCGGGUGGUUUGAACCCGAAAAAUGUGAAAUUGUUUUUGUUUCAAUUGUUUCGUGGGCUGUCGUACUGUCACGAGAGGCAUAUAUUGCACAGGGAUUUGAAGCCACAGAACCUUUUGAUUAGUCACAUCGGAGAACUCAAACUCGCAGAUUUCGGUCUGGCCAGAGCUAAGUCAAUCCCAUCGCACACCUAUUCCCAUGAAGUGGUCACCUUAUGGUAUAGACCUCCUGAUGUAUUAUUAGGUUCUCGUAAUUAUUCCACUUCUCUCGAUAUUUGGUACAAGGGUGUCGGCUGUAUAUUCUUAGAGAUGAUAUGUGGCGGUCCAGCCUUUCCGGGAGUGAGGGAUCCAUUGGAUCAAUUGGACAAGAUUUGGCGCAUUUUGGGAACAGUAAUGGGUGUCGGGUGUAUAUUCUUAGAGAUGAUAUGUGGCGGUCCAGCCUUUCCGGGAGUGAGGGAUCCAUUGGAUCAAUUGGACAAGAUUUGGCGCAUUUUGGGAACACCUUCUUAUGAUUAUUGGGAAACUUUUGAUUUGUUGCCCAAUUAUAAAAAAGGACUAGUUUCAUACCGAACUCAAUCACUAUCAGAAGCGUUCCCAAAACUUUCAUCCGUAGACUUUGGCCAACAAUUGGCUGAAAUGUGCCUUAAAUUAAAGCCUAAACAAAGGAUAUCAGCUUUGGAUGCCCUAAAACAUGAAUAUUUUAAUGAUUUACCUCAACAAGUGUUUCAUUUGAACGAUAGUUUUCAUCUAAAUUUCAAUUAUAAGCGACACUUAACCCGAUUCAAGUUGACCUCACAUUACUAUGUUUACACAUAUUACAAG